CUUUUGUCUUUUUUAAAAAUUUUUUUAACUCUUUAAGUGUUCCAUGCAGUGUCAGAGUGUCAGUUCUCUGUGGGGCUCAGAAGGGAAGUUUAUUAGUCCCAAUUAGCAGCCCUAUUAAGGAGGAAAAUUAGAGUCUUAAUGAGCUUCCUCUGAUUAGCAAAAUAACAGGUUUCCCAGCCUCUGGGCAUUAGAGGUGUGGGGGUGAAAGCUGCCUUCUGUGGCUGUCAGAUACCUCUCCAGCCUUCACUCCGAGUUCAAAUGGUUAUGACUGAUGAGAUUUUAAUUACACUCUUAAAUUCCCCUACUUGCUUACUUGUGAUCUUAAGUGCUGGAGCAGGAAUCAGGCCCAUGGGGUGGGAUGGAGGGGUGAAAGGGAAAGUGGCAGGAAAGGAGUAAAGCAGGGAUGCCCAGCGAGCACAGGUGGGUAGAAGAAGGAGGACAGGGAUCAGCUCCCACGGGGCACACAUUUCUCUCUCCUGCAGGGUCCCCGGGAGGCGGGGCAGCCCUGAGCUCUGGGAUGGAGCCCGAGACCGUGCUAUGGGGCCCAGAUCUGCAGGAUGAUCCGGAACAGAGCCCCAGCACUGCUCACAGAGGUACCGACAGUGGGAACGAAGAGGAGAGCCCCCAGAGGGAAAGUUCUGGGGAGGAGGUCAUCAUGGGAGAUCCAGAUGAGAGUCCAGAAUUCAAGGACCCACAAGAGAUGCCCCUGGAGAGACCCUCCCAGGACCCCUCAGACCCUCCGGACUCCCCCACCCCAGUGGGUCACCCCAGGCCCUUGGACUCCCCCACCCCUGAGGUUGUCCCCUCCCCCUCUGACUGGACCAAGGCCUGUGAGGCCAGCUGGCAGUGGGGGACUCUGACCACCUGGAACAGCGCGGCCGUGGCAGCCAGCGAGCCCAGCCUUCGCGAGCUGGUGCAGGGCCGGCCGGCUGGGGCCGAGAAGCCCUACAUCUGCAACGAGUGCGGGAAGAGCUUCAGCCAGUGGUCCAAGCUCUUGCGGCACCAGCGCAUCCACACAGGUGAGCGGCCCAACACCUGCUCCGAGUGCGGCAAGAGCUUCACGCAGAGCUCGCACCUGGUGCAGCAUCAGCGCACACACACGGGGGAGAAGCCCUACAAGUGCCCCGAUUGCGGUAAGUGCUUCAGCUGGAGCUCCAACCUGGUGCAGCACCAGCGCACGCACACGGGCGAGAAGCCCUACAAGUGCACCGAGUGCGAGAAGGCCUUCACGCAGAGCACCAACCUCAUCAAGCACCAGCGCUCACAUACGGGCGAGAAGCCCUACAAGUGCGGCGAGUGCCGGCGCGCCUUCUACCGCAGCUCCGACCUCAUCCAGCACCAGGCCACGCACACGGGCGAGAAGCCCUACAAGUGCCCCGAGUGCGGCAAGCGCUUCGGCCAGAACCACAACCUCCUCAAGCACCAGAAGAUCCACGCGGGCGAGAAGCCGUACCGCUGCACGGAGUGCGGCAAGAGCUUCAUCCAGAGCUCGGAGCUGACCCAGCACCAGCGCACGCACACGGGCGAGAAGCCCUACGAGUGUCUGGAGUGCGGCAAGAGCUUCGGCCACAGCUCCACCCUCAUCAAGCACCAGCGGACUCACUUGCGCGAGGACCCCUUCAAGUGCCCCGUGUGCGGCAAGACCUUCACGCUGAGCGCCACGCUGCUGCGGCACCAGCGCACGCACACGGGUGAGCGGCCCUACAAGUGCCCGGAGUGUGGCAAGAGCUUCAGCGUCAGCUCCAACCUCAUCAACCAUCAGCGCAUCCACCGCGGCGAGCGGCCCUACAUCUGCGCCGACUGCGGCAAGAGCUUCAUCAUGAGCUCCACCCUCAUCCGCCACCAGCGCAUCCACACGGGCGAGAAGCCCUACAAGUGCUCCGACUGCGGCAAGAGCUUCAUCCGCAGCUCGCACCUCAUCCAGCACCGGCGCACGCACACGGGCGAGAAGCCCUACAAGUGCCCCGAAUGCGGCAAGAGCUUCAGCCAGAGCUCCAACCUCAUCACGCACGUGCGCACGCACAUGGACGAGAACCUCUUCGUGUGCUCCGACUGUGGGAAGGCCUUCCUGGAGGCGCACGAGCUGGAGCAGCACCGGGUGGUUCAUGAGCGCGGGAAGACCCCCGCGCGGCGCGCUCAGGGGGAGACGCUGCUGGGGCUCGGGGACCCCGCCCUGCUCACCCCGCCCCCUGGCGCCAAGCCCCACAAAUGCCUCGUGUGCGGGAAGGGCUUCAACGACGAGGGCAUCUUCCUGCAGCAUCAGCGGAUCCACAUCGGAGAAAACCCCUACAAAAACGCCGACGGCCUCGGGGCACACCCAGCCCCCAAACCUCCCCAGUUGCGUCCCCCCAGGCUUCCAUUUGGGGGGAAUUCCUAUGCAGGUGCUUCAGAGGGCAGGGGCGAUCCCCCAGGACAGCCCUUAAAAACCCCGGAUGGGCAGGAGAGGCCCGCGCCGCCCUCCUCCAAGUCCUACAUUUGUUCGCACUGCGGGGAGAGCUUUCAGGAUCGGGCUGUGUUCCUCCAGCACCAGAUCACCCACGGCAAUGAAAAGCCCUUUCACUUUCCCGAGGGUAGGACCGGCCUCCGGGAAGGGGCAGGCCCCAGCCCUUUCCUAGGCGGGAAACCCUUUAAAUGUCCCGAAUGCAAAAAAAGCUUCGCGCUCAGCUCGGAGCUGCUGCUACACCAGAAAGUGCACGCUGGGGGCAAGGCCCAGAAAAGCGGCGACGUGGGAAAGAGCUCCUCCGUCCUCCUGGAGCACCUCCGGAGUCCGCUGGGGGCCAGGCCCUACAGCUGUGCCGACUGCGGGGCCUCCUUCCUCGAUCGCCUGGCCCUCAUCCGCCACCAGGAGGCCCACAUGCCAGGAAAGCCCCCCAGACAAGAGGACCCCCUUCCAGAGCCGGCCCCUAGGCCCACCAGUCCGGAGGGGGAGGGCAAGUCCCCUACCCCCACAGGGAGCAGCAGCCAUGGGAAAGGGGAAAACCCCAAAACCUUGUUGGAAGAAAAGCCCUAUCUGUGCCCUGAGUGUGGUGACGGCUUCUCAGAAGUCGCAGCCCUCCUGCUCCACAGAAGCUGUCACCCUGGGGUGCCCCUCUGAGCAGGUCUGGGCACCUUUCUAUCCUGAGAGGAACACUGGAUCACCCCAGAAAUCAUGGGGGAAGGAGAAAAACUCUAGCAGCUUGUAGGGAAAUGGAGGAUAAGGAACCCCGGGUAAAAAAUAGUGUUUUUACAUCAGUGAUGAAAACCCAUACGAAAUUGUUGGUGGGAACAAGGCAGUAGAGAAAAUCUCUUGGGUUAGAAACCCUCUACGUAGGAAAAAUAAAAAAAGCCCUUUAAGUCUGUAGCCAAAAAUCCCGAUAAACCAUAGUGGAUAAAAGCCCUAUUAAUUGUAGGACGAGGCCCCAGUUUGUCUCUAGGCAACCCUAUAAGCCGUCUGGAAUCCGUGUGGAACUGUAGGUGGAAGCGCAGGCUGGCACGGCCCGGGCUCCCCCACAGCGCAGCAUCCAGAACUCUUGGACAAUUAACAGUCACUGAGAAAAGUGCUCGACCAAGGGACAGAGGAGGCUCAGCCCUGGGACAGGGAAUGGUGAGGUUGCCCUCUGUAGCCCCAGGAGCUGGGGGAAGAGCUGAGCUUGUUGCAUUAGGGUUCUUGGGGCAUAAGAGCACCUUGCAAUGAGUUGUGAAUGGGGGGAGGGGAGGAAGAGGCCCAUGGGAUUUCAUAUCCGAAAGAACUCAAAAAUGGGGAAGGAAAAAAAAAUGACGGCAGGCUUUUCAAGGCUGAAGUGUACUAAUACUGAUACCCACAAAAAUUAGGGGAAGCGAUGAGUUUCUGUUGUGUGCUUUAAGGAAAACAAAUAGGUGGAAAAACUGUUCAGCUGGAAUCCAGCAAACCCCAGACCACCUCCCCCCCACCCCAAUCCCUCCACUUCCUGAAGCUAAUUCAAGUGCAAGCAGCCCCAGGUCAGACGGCCAGGGUCCUCUGCGCCUGGCACGAGCCCUGAUUCUAUUCAGAGGCCUCCAGGUGCAGUGUCCCCACCAUGUUCUCAGGUCUCACCGCCACCAGCCUUGCGACAGUGGGGACCAUUUCCUCGCAUCCUGUCCUCAAUGCAGAAGAAGCUCCGCUAGUUGACCUCCAAAGAAUAAAGCCCUACAGAGCCUGGGGCCUGUGUAUGGUUCAGCCCUGCAGCGGCUUCUCGCCAGGCCCACGCGGGAUGUGAGCAGUAG